ACGAUGUUUGGAAUGACUUGAGAGGUUACAUCCAUGUGAUUUUUAAACGCAGUUUGUAGUGAGCACGUUGUUUGAUAAACAAGAAAAUGAAUCUAGUUAACGACAAGAAACCAAGAGUUAUUCUAAACGAAUAUAAAGUUACUAAGAAUAUUCCCACGGCACCAACGGUUUUUGAUGAGCCAUGGACUAUAAAACGCUUCAAAUCGAAUUUUCGCAUAGUCAUUAUUCGUGAUGAAAAUUACGAAAUGGAAUUUGAUUUAAUUGGGAUUCAUCCCUUUCUUGCGAAUAUGUUGCGACGACUUAUAAUCAGUGAAGUGCCAAGCAUGGCAAUAGAAAAAGUACAUAUACUCAACAACACAUCAGUUAUACAGGAUGAGGUUUUGGCACAGAGACUAGGACUGAUUCCGCUCAAAGCAGAUCCUAGACUAUUUGAGUUUAAAACUGAUCCUGAAGCAGAUGGUACUGAAGUGGACACUUUAGAAUUUGAGCUGAAGAUUAAAUGUACCAUGAACAAAGAUGGUAAUAAAGAUUCAGCCAGACCUGAUGAUAUGUACAAGAAUAAUAAUGUUUAUUCUAAACACAUCAAAUGGUCACCACUAGGAAAUCAAGGUGACCUCUAUGAUGAGAGUAAAGUAGGGCCCAUUGAGGAUGAUAUUCUUAUUUCUAAAAUGAGACCUGGACAUGAAUUAGACAUGAAAUUGGUGGCUGUUAAAGGGAUAGGAAAAGAUCAUGCAAAGUUCUCACCAGUUGCUACUGCAUAUUAUAGACUGCUACCAGAUAUAAAACUGACAAGGGAAGUUGAAGGUGAGCAAGCAGAAAGACUACAGAAGUGUUUUUCUGCUGGAGUAAUUGAACUUGAACAGCAAGGGGACAAAAAAGUGGCCGUUGUCAAAAAUGCACGGUAUGACUUCUCUAGUCGAAACGUGUUUCGCUAUGACGAUUUAAAAGAUGCUGUGGUUAUGACUAAAAUCGAAGAUCACUUCAUAUUCACAAUUGAAUCCGUUGGCGCUAUGCAACCUUCUGACAUUUUCAAAGAGUCCAUCAUGAUCCUGAAAAACAAGUGUCGGGAUAUUUUGGAAGAAUUAAACAGUUCAUAAAUAAUUUUUCUGCUUUAUCAACAGCUGUAAGGAAAAUAUUUAAACAUUUUUAUAAAA